GACCGCUCCCUACACGCGCCCCCCUCCCACCGCCCCUCCAUGAAUCUCGCCCGACAUUCAAUAAGCUCUACAGCCCCGGUACUCAUCUUCGACGCGCGAUUCGACUCGGACUGCCAUAUAUUCACAGCCGCAACCCCGGCAGGGUUCGCGGUGUAUCGCACGCGCCCGCUGCAGCUGCUUCGGAAACGCGAGAUCACGGGAGGCACGCUCGCUGCUGUAGUGCCGCUGCAUACGUCCUCGCUACUGUUCCUCAUCGGAGGCGGGCGCAGUCCGCGGUAUCCACCGAAUAAGGUUAUCCUGUGGGACGAUGCGCUAGGCCAGGAGGUUGCGGAGCUCGAGUUUAGGGAGCGGGUGAGGGGGCUUGCGUGUCGGAAGGGCUGGCUAGCAGUGGCACUGCGCCGCCGCGUCGUGGUGUUCGAGCUAGGGAAGGGGGUCUCUAGGUACGGAGAGUGGGAUACAUGCGAUAACCCGAGAGGUCUGCUUGCGAUGGCGACCGCUGCAUACUCUACCCUACUUGCGAUACCCGGUCGCCAGAUGGGUCACGUCCAUCUCGUCCACCUCCCUCCAUGCCCUCCGCCAGAACCCUUAGGACCGCCAAUGUCCGCACCCCCAAGACCGCCGGCGCGUCCAACGAAGCAUCCGGUGUCUAUGUUCAUUGCCCACGAGAGCGCGCUUACCACACUAUCUGUUCCCUCAUCUGGGAACCUCGUCGCCACCACAUCUUCCAGAGGGACGCUCAUUCGGAUAUGGGACUCCAACACCGGGAAACGUGUGCGAGAAUUCCGGCGAGGUACAGAUAAAGCCGAGAUUUAUGGCGUGGCCUUCCGGCCUGACGAACGGGAGGUAUGUGUGUGGAGCGACAAAGGCACAAUACAUGUCUUUGCUCUCGCAGAUGAUUCGGGCUCAUCGAAUCGACAAUCUACUUUCUCGCCGCUGAAGCCGUUCGUCCCACUGCCGAAGUACUUCAAGUCGGAGUGGUCGUACGCACAGUACCGGAUACCCUCACAAUCCGCACACAUCUCAAUGUCGGCGGGGCCGUCGAAGUCGCCCACCGCGGACGUCAUCGAUGAAGAGAAGUGUGUGGUUGGAUGGAUUCAAGCACCAUCUGACGACACCCUGGAGGGCGAGCCUCCAGUGGAACACCAGCUCGUCGCCUUGACCUACACCGGAGGUUGGUAUCGAUUAUCACUGCCAAAGACCUCUGCUCCAUCAGCUAUACCGCCGCGUACGUCUGCAAGUGGUGCUGGCACGGUCAUCUCAGGAUCGCCGCCGAGGCCCGUGCCUAUGUCGCGUCCGCGAUCCUCGAGCGGGUCAUCCUUCGCUGGGCGCCUAGACAAGGGCAAGGACGUCGACCGCGAGAAAGAGGGCGGGCCGAGCCACGAGUGUAUCUUGCGCGAAUUCAGACGGUUUGGGCGGUGGGACGGAUGGGGAUAGGAACUGGACUGGAAUUGGAUGGACUCGUCGGCAUACUUACCUCUCUUGGCUUGUGACAUGGCCCGCUCUCUGCAUCUCCUGCUCUUCGCCGCUCACGCACAUCUGUAUAUCUACCUCCAUGCAUGCAUUGUUUGUACUCGUGUUGUAUCCAUAUAUGCCAGUCCACCCGGAUGCGCUGCGCACUGGUAGGCUUUCCACGCAAGAUACACAAGAGGAUCUCGAUCGAUCCCAGUCGUGAUGUGAAAUACAAUCUCCAGCCAGCUAUGACGCCCUCGCUACUGCCAUU